GAGCCUACCUCCAGUACAAGACAGCCACCAAUCGCAGCGUUCGCCCAUCCAAUUCCAUGUUCCCACCUUUUGGCAAAGAAAACCCCGAGCUUCCAACAGCGCUUAUCCUUGCUACAUUGUCAGUCAUCGCAGCAUCAGCUCGAUCGUAGCUAGCUAGAGCAGACAGACCAUGUCUCAGUGUUCGACGCCGGAGCCGCAGCCGCCGACGCCGACGCCUAACCCGGUCGUCCUCUGGUUCUGCCAGAUCUCCUCGGCCCUGCAGGGCAGGUGGCCGAGCGGCCGCGCCCAGGCGCAGGGAGUCGAGAACAGCGCCGGCGGCACGGAGAGGCUCAUGGAGGAAGCCAAGGCAGCUACCGCCGCGGGCAACAGAGUAGGGCCGAGGAGGAAGACCGCGACGUGCCAGGGGGUGGCGAUGACGGAGGCCACCGUCUGCCUGCUGCUCGAUCGGUUCGCGCCCAGCUGAGCUGAGCGCGCUGAAUGAUCACAGCGAUGACUCAAGAGUGUGUGCAUGUGUGUAUGUGUCCUAAAUAAUGCUGGCUUGCCGUGUUUCUGUUCCUCCAUGGUUCAUGUACAUUUUUUUUGGUAUAUUAUGGUCCCUAAGCUUCCUUUUCUCUUUUUCUGUCUCCCUUUGUACUCUGCAUCUUGAUCUUGCACAUGUGAACGAUAACUGGAAGAAGAGGAUGUUAAGAUCGGGCUCAGG